AGUUUGACACGUACCGUACGGACGAACUUCACAUCUUAACGAGUUUCGACCUCCAUUCAUCCUUUGUCGAAUCAAAAUACCGAUUUUAACACCAUUUUCAUCGAAAAUCACUUAAAACAAUUUCUCUGUAGGCGUAUAAGUGCUAUUUAUUUAUUUUUUAAGUGUAAAGUUACAGUUUCGAAGUGAAAAUGGGGUUGAAAUCGUCGCCGGUUCUGUUCCAUUGGCUGUCCAGGCUGCCUAGCCGUAAUUUUUCUACGUCCAGGGCUUUAUUAGCCACAAAGCCUGUGACUAUGCGUGAUGCAUUGAACCAGGCGCAAGAUGAGGAGAUGCAGAAAGACGACAGGGUCUUCAUUAUGGGUGAAGAAGUUGCUCAAUAUGACGGUGCCUACAAAGUAACAAGGGGGCUAUGGAAGAAAUACGGUGACAAAAGAGUCAUUGACACACCAAUCACCGAGAUGGGAUUUUCAGGCUUAGCUGUUGGAGCGGCCAUGGCUGGUCUCCGGCCAAUUUGCGAGUUCAUGACAUACAACUUCGCCCUGCAGGCCAUUGAUCAUGUGGUAAACUCCGCUGCUAAGGCGUUCUACAUGUCAGCGGGUCUAAUAAACGUACCGAUCGUGUUCCGCGGCCCCAACGGAGCGUCCGCUGGUGUGGCCGCGCAGCACUCGCAGUGCUUCGCCGCCUGGUACAGCCAGUGCCCCGGACUCAAAGUCGUCAUGCCCUACACAUCAGAAGAUGCCAAAGGUCUUCUGAAGUCAGCCAUCAGGGAUCCCGAUCCAGUUGUAGUACUUGAAGACGAACUUUUGUACGGUCUCCCAUUCCCCAUGUCUGACGAGGCUCUGUCACCUGAUUUCCUAGUUCCUAUUGGUAAGGCAAAGAUCGAGCGCGAAGGUCGUCACGUGACGCUGGUGUGCGCGGGCCGCGGCAACGAACACGCGCUCGGGGCCGCCAAGAUACUCGCCGGGAAGGGUGUUGAAUGUGAGAUUAUUAACUUGCGAUCAAUCAGGCCACUGGACUUCGAUACGAUCGCUCGCUCCAUCGCAAAGACACACCACCUGGUCACCGUUGAGCAGGGAUGGCCUCACUGUGGUAUCGGCGCGGAGAUCUGCGCGCGCGUGAUGGAGUCGCCGUCGUUCUUCGAGCUGGACGCGCCGGCGUGGCGCGUGACGGGCGUGGACGUGCCCAUGCCCUACUCGCGCACGCUGGAGGCCAUGGCGCUGCCCGCGCCCGCCGACGUGGUGGCCGCCGUCAGCGCCGUGCUCGGGAACAAAAUAAGCGCAGUGAGCAGCCAGUAAAUGGGAAUCUCUAAGGAAGUCCCACCGAUAUCGGAGACUUUCAUAAAGUGUAAAUACUUUUAUUUAUUUUAAAUAGAUAAAAUUAUACAAAAAUCUUUUGAGUAUGUAUAAGCCAAGCUUCGUUGCAAUUGUUAUGUGAUGUAUAUUGUACGGAAAUUAGAUAAAUCUAACAAUAUAUUAUAAUUAUGUUAUCGUCUUGGUUACAUUAUUCAUUUCAGCGCCAUCUUUUAUAUUUACUUAGUACUAGGUAGCGUGCACAAGUUUUGUAAGAAGAAAAUUGAUUAAGCAUAUCGAAUACGAUUUGUAUUUUCUAUUAUAAUACACGAAAUGUAUGAGAUAUUCAUAGAAAUUGUUAUUUUUGCAUUUGUUUUGUCAUGCUGCAAAAUGACAGCUUAAAGAGUUUUGUAACUAAAACAUAGAUGGCGUUAUAAUGACGUUUCUAUAGAUGGUGUCCCCGUGUGAAACUCAAAAGAAAUACAAACAAACUGAAAUAAAAUAAUGUUAUAUUAUUAUUACAA